UUGGGGGAACAGGACUGUGCUGGGCAGGCUGCACUAGUCAGUGCAAGGAGUAGUAAGCUCCUUCGGAGGUGGAGGGGCGGGUGGUGUAAGUGGAGGGUGAGGAGGAGAUAGGAACAAGGACGAAUGCCAACCCAGUCGGCACCCAGCAGCAGUCGCCAAAGCUAGUCAGUUAGAGACAGUGUUGGGUAGAGGGCAGUUAUGGCGCUCCGUCCCUCACAGCCAGCAACAGGGGAGGCGAGGCCCGUUUGCCGAGCUGAAUAAUCUGGCGUCAGAAAAGCUCGGCGCCAGGAUCCUGUUUGCCACUGAUGACUGGUUCGCGGUGGCCGAGAACCUCCUGAAGGAUAGCGAAGCGGAGUGGAGAGAGGGGGAGUUCACCAGUUGCGGGAAGUGGAUGGAUGGAUGGGAGACCAGGAGGAAGAGGAAGCCUGGGCAUGACUGGUGCAUCAUCAAGCUUGGAGUGGCGGGAGAAGUAGCGGGCGUUGACGUGGACACCUCCUUCUUCACUGGUAACUAUGUGCCUCGAGUGUCCCUACAGGCGGCGACGCUGACGAAGGAAGAGGAGAAUCUCAUACCAAGGAGGAAAAGUGAGAUGGGAAGUGAGGCGCCUGAGAAAGACUUGGCUGCUGUGGCGAGGCUCGGGAGUGAGAAGUGGCAGACGAUCGUUCCACUCACAGAGGCACGUCCAGGGUACAGAGACACCUGCCACACCUUUCUGCCCUCCACCUGCGCCUCCACCAGGUACACGCACCUUCGCCUCAAUGUGUACCCUGACGGAGGCAUCGCGAGGCUAAGGGUGUUUGGACAUGCGCUGCCUGACGUUAACAAAAUAUCGUCUUCCAAGGUAAUGGAUUUGGUGUCACUUAGGAAUGGCGGCGUGUGUCUGGCUUACAGCGACGCUCAUUACGGCCACCCACGGAAUCUGAUCAGCCCAUGGACGCCUGUCAACAUGGCGGAUGGCUGGGAGACGGCACGGAGACUGGACCGCCCAUCAGUCCUUAAAGAAGGAGCUGACGGCGUGUUGCAGGUGGCAGGGUGGGAAUGGGCGCUCUUCAAACUCGGCCUGCCUGGCACAGUGAAGGGGCUGGAAGUCGACACGUAUUUCUUCAAAGGCAACUUCCCUGACUCGUGCCGCGUAGAUGGCUGCUUCGUGAGUAACAAGGAGGAGGCGCCUGACCCUGCACUGGACGGCUCCCCGUGGCUCACCAUCUUGCCAUCCCAGAAGCUGACACCGAACACACGCCACAACUUCAGCAACAAAGUACGGAACAUUGGCAUUGUCUCCCACGUGAGGCUUGUGAUGGCGCCGGAUGGAGGGAUAAGCAGGAUCAGAGUCUUAGGCACACCGGAUGUCUCUCUCUGCUCCUCCUCUUCUUCCUCCUCCUCCUCUUUUCUCUCCAAGCUAUAACAAGACAUUUUCUCACACACUCCAGCGCCAUACCACCACUGUUUUCAAAAGGCUCCAGUUGAAGUUGAUUGGGUUGUUAAUGGUGUUUUUUUUUUCAUUUCUAUGGUUUCAAUGAUAGAUUUUCACAGUUUUGGGAUUAUUUACAGGGGAAACACUCUUAACUUCUUCAGUACUGAGACGCAAUUUUAUCUGGAUUUUUGGGUAUGAUUAGACGAGUUUAUUCGCAUUAGGAAGGGUCUAUGGAGGACAAAAGAUUAAUGGCAACAGUCUUUACUAUUCUAAUCCAAACAUAUGUCUCUGAAGCUGUAUAAAAUCGCCAAAUAGUAACUAGAAUGAAUAUGAAAACGCGUCCUGAUACUAAAGAGAUUAUAAGAACCAGACUAAUCACUUAUAUGGCCUUGGAAGAGAGUGGUGGUGAGUGAGCCAAGUGUUUGUACAUUUUUCGGAUCUAUGCAAUGUAUUCUUUAGCUUGGUGUUUUCUUAUUUUUUUUUAUUUAGACCAUGUGGGAUUUUCACGGGAAUUUAUGGGCUAAAGGGGAUAUAUUUUUGUGGUACCUCCUAUCUCAAAGCCCACCCGCUAGGAAACCGUUGCCCAGAGUGAGGAAGCCCAACCUACACUCGGACCGUGGACAUGAUUCGAACCCAAGUUGUUGUUCUGUCUUGCACAAAGUCUAUAUACGAUUUUCAUUCAGUUUAUUGUUGUUUUGUACUCUUUCUUACUUUUUUUAUGUUUUGUUAUAUAUAAUAUUCUUCUCUUUUACUGUCUUUCUUUUUCUUCUCUUUUUUUUCGUUUUCCUUUUCUUUCAUGUCCUUCACUUUCCUUCACUUUUUUUUUCCUGCUUCUGUUCUUGCACUUCUUCUUAUGCUUGUGAGACUUGUUAACUUUACUCCUAUCCUUCACGUUCUCUUAUUUCACCAUUUAAACUAUUCAUGUGCUUCUUGCUUGAAAUCUAAAUAUAUAUCUAGAUUUGGAGACGGAUUUUUUUGGUCUUCUAUUGCUGCAUUACUGAUUAGCUAGACAAUACACGCCAUUCCUGCACACUCAGAGUAAUACAACAUUCCUCUUGAUCAUUUGUUACGUCAGAGGGAGUGUUCUGUUAUGUGAUAUUCUUUUAUCUCACUGUGCGAUAAUUUCCACACUGUUGAUUCAUAGCACGUGAUUUGUGUGAAGGGAAGUCAAACGUUGCGGCGCCUUGUCUCCAAUACUACUUGCUUCAGCGGUAUCAGCAGCGUUUUCGUGACUCUAAUGAUCUUCGGCCCAUAUUCUGAAACACUUUCGCGCCUCACAGCAUCUUCACUAUUCACAAAGGGCUCUAGUUGAAGUAACACGGAAUUUUAAGGAUGUUUCUGUAAUUCUAGUGACAUGUUAACAAGUUUUCUGCAUUAUCAAAGGGCUCUAGUUAAAGUGACACGGAUUUCUAAAGAUGUUUAUGUAAGUCUAGUGACAUGUUAAUUAGUUUUCUGCAUUAUCAAAGGGCUCUAGUUGAAGUGACACGGAUUUCUAAACAUGUUUCUGUAAUUCUAGUGACAUGUUAACAAGUUUUCUGCAUUAUCAACAGGACAAAUUUAGAACUCGGCUACUCGUCUCUGUGGUCUUUGAAAAUGGUCGCGGUGAGGGAAGGAAGCGUUUCUGAACAUGACGCAUAACAAGAACUGCAUUUUCAACAAGAGAGACGCCCAACAAACCAUCUUUAUCGUUUUAAAAUCGAUCUGAUGAGGCAACAAGGUUUCAAAAGUGACCUUGAACCAAUACUGUGUGAUGGUGUGACUCUGGUUCAGCUAUUGCGCCAAACCACACCACGAUACACGACACACGAGACACAUUAGCAGAGUGCAGUGUGAGAAAGCGAAGGGUGAGGCGGUGGUGUUUGCUCAUGUUACGUUAUGUCGUUAUGCUGUGCUGUCAUCACUCUUUCCUCCCUUUCUCUUGUAAAAUAUAGAAAUCUACAACUGUUUCUAUUCUUUCUCACUGCUAUGAAACCUUUGGGGAUCCGUAUUCAGAAACCCUUUGCUCUCUCACAACUAUUUUCCAAGGCCAUAGAGGUGACCAGCCGGGUUUUCAAGAGUGUAUUUUCAGUUAAUAAUGCAGAAAUCUUGCCACUCUGCCUCUAGAAUCGUUAAAAUACCUUGAAAAUCGCUCUUCUCUCUUUAAAAUACCUUGACAAUCGCUCUUCUCUCUCACCAUGACUGUUUUUCAAGACAACAGAGAUGAAUAGCGGCUUUUUCAAGAGUGUAUUCAGUUGGUAAUCUAGAAAUCUUGUCAUUCUGCCUCAAGAACCAUAAAAACACCUUAAAAAUUUGAGUAAAUUUAAAUAAAAGUUUUUUUUAAAUAGUUUAGGUGAAGCGCAAAAGUGUUUGAGAAUACGAGUCUUAGAGCUAAUCUGACUAACUUUAAUUGAUGGGAGUGGCAAAAAAAAAAAAAAAAAAAAAGGCAUUCUUUCCCACUACCAACCUUCCAGUCUCUUUUUUCUUCUCUCUCAUGUCGAAAUAUUACAAAUAUAACAAAGGGAAAAGUCAAGAAGCUACUUUUUUCUUGAUUUCCCAACACUGGCAGCUUAACUCGUAAUCUCGUACCUCACCAGCCAGGCACUCACCGAGGUCUUCUGUUUCGUGGCUUCCGUGGUGACAAUGUACCGUAAUUUAAGACACUCCUCACCGCGCCUCGAUUACUCUCAGAAGGCUGUAGUUAAAGUUACCCGGAUUUCUGAGGGUGAUCUUGUAGCUUAGUGGUAGAUCAAUAUGAUAAUUAAAUACUUUAACAGGAGGAAAACUCUUGAGAACUCAUGUGCCAUAAUUUUAAACACUACAAUCCACACCUUCACUAAUUUCAGAUGGCUAUAGUUGAAGUUACUUGGAUUUCUGAAGGUGUUUUUAUGGUUUAGUGACAGAUAAGCAAGAUUUUUACAUUUUUCAACAGGAGGAACACUCUUAAGAACUCAUGAGCCAUACUUUUAAACACUACAAUCCACACCUCCAUUAGUUUCAGUUGGAUAUCGUUGAAGUUACACGGAUUGCUGAGGGUGUUCUUGUGGUUUAGUGACAGAUCAGAAAGAUUUUUAUGUUCUUAACAGGAGGAAUAUCGUUGAGAACCAGGCUAAUCAUCUCUGUGGCAUUAGGAAAUAGUGAGAGAGAGAGAGAGAGAGAGAGAGAGAGAGAGAGAGAGAGAGAGAGAGAGAGAGAGAGAGAGAGAGAGAGAGAGAGAGAGAGAGAGAGAGAGAGAGAGAGAGAGAGAGAGAGAGAGAGAGAGAGAGAGAGAGUAAAGAUGUAGCUUCCUUGUUAUUAGUAUAAAAUUGUCAACUUUUCUUGUUACAUUUUGAUAUCACUUUAAAUAAAUAAACUGUUUUUCUUUU